AUGAGGGGAGUAAUGGUCACGGCCUUCAGAGACCCUUUCUUGGACGCCCCGGAUGACAUUCUGCUGCGCCUGGCCCGCCUGGCUCUCUCGUGCACCGCCAUGCCCACGGCCUCGCGCCCGUCUAUGGGCAAGGUGCUGGGGGAGCUGGUGGCGAUGAGGGGGGAGAUAGUGGGCGAGGAGGUGGACAAGGUGGCGUCGCGCAUCGACAGCGAGAUUGACACGUCCACCGAUCUCGACUUCAACGCUUCAAUUGCCCGUGCCCACGAGAUUGCCACGCAGAGCGGUUCCUCUGAUACUGUGUGA